AAAUCAUUUUAAAAGAAAACGUUGUUUCAAUUUUAUAACCAGUCUUUUUCAAUACGUCUACUUGUUUGCUGUUUUUCCUAUUUUCUUUGUUUUUUACCAUUUAUUGUUUUUCUUCAUAUAAACAGUUAAUUAAAAAUGUCUUUGGUCCCACGUUUAAUUGAUGCAAUCAUGGGUGAACCAUUAGAUGACUUAUAUCCAGUUAUUGUUCAUCCUUCAAGACGUGGUCCUUAUCCUAGGAGAGCUUGGGGUCAAAUGAACUCAGCUUAUAACGAGUUGACUGACUUGACUUCCCAAUUUAAUAGAAACGUUAUCUCUGCUCAAAGAAAUUCUAUCGAUAGGUUUGAAGUGAAUCUUGAUUGUGGACAUUUCAGGCCUGAAGAGAUCACUGUUAAAUUGGUUGGAGAUAGUUUGGUCGUUGAAGGCAAACACGAGGAAAGGAAUGAUCCUUAUGGAUACGUUGCUCGAGAAUUUAAAAGACGUUUUGUUGUUCCAAACGAUAUUGAUAAGGACAAGUUUGAAUCUCAAUUAGGAAUCGAUGGUGUUUUAAAGAUCAAAGCUCCUAGAAAGAUAGUCAGUCUGGCUACUGGGGAAAAACAGAUUCCUAUAACCCUGAUCGAUGAUGUAACAAAACCGAUUACGGACAACAUUCGUGAAUGCAACGAUCCCAAACAAAAACCAGCUGACAAAAUGGAAAAUUGAGUGAUUUAAUCAAAAUAAUGGUUUCGUUUUCUUUCAUUGAUUGUUACAAAUGUUUACUUUUAACCAAGAAGAUGCUUUAUAUUUAAUGGAAGAGUUUAAUAAAUUGGAUUAAAUCUUAGAUAAACAAA